AUGCAAAGUGCUUUAGUAGGAUCCUGGCACAACACUGGCUUUUAUGGGCACUACAGAGGCCAAUUCAAGAGUGAAAGUGCUCAAGAAUACCGUCUUGCAGCCAAGCCCCAGCCUCCAGCAGUGUUCCUGCGGCGAUGUCAGGAGCCAGCACAGCAACACUUCUUCUCCAAGCAUGACAACCGUACUUCUUUCGACAAAGAGGGCCCCUACUGCCUGCUGCAGGGAAUCGGAAGGCGAAAAGACCUGGAGCACCUGUGGCAGCGGCACACCUUCCUGCGCUGGGCACCCUGUGAGCUGGAGUUGAGCCAGCAGCGGCCCCUUGAAUCCUCCUACCAGGCCAAUUUCCGGUCAGGCCCUGGACUCAGUGACCUCCCCCAGCGCCUUGUCCACUUUGUGCAGAUCCAGCCUCCCCGUACCAGCACCACCUAUCAGCAGAACUUCUGCCAACCAUCCCAGGGUGGCCAUUGUGGCAGCAACAAUGUGGGGCCAGUCACCAACACACUGCCUGACCUCCCAGGGAUCCCAAGACCCAAGCUGCUGCAGCAUUACCUUCAUGCUGGGGUCUCUGAGUGUCUAAACUGGUCCAGAGCAUUAAACAAGGAUGGCUAA